CUUCUGGGUACCGUAAUGGCGGCCGGCGCUGGCUGAGACCGCAACGUUUCGUCCUCUGUCACAGUUUUUGUCGUUGUCGAAACAUUUUAAAAAGCUUUUGUAACCUGACUUUUGUGUUUUGUUAAAGCUACCAGAAAAAAUGGCCUCCACCGCGGCAGGCAAACAGCGGAUACCGAAGGUGGCGAAGGUGAAGAAUAAAGCUCCUGCAGAGGUUCAGAUCACCGCUGAGCAGCUGCUGAGAGAAGCCAAAGAGAGGGAGCUUGAACUUCUGCCACCACCACCGAAACAGAAGAUCACUGAUGAGGAGGAGCUGAACGAUUACAAACUGAGGAAGAGGAAGGGGUUUGAGGACAACAUAAGAAAAAAUCGCACUGUCAUCAGUAACUGGAUUAAAUACGCACAAUGGGAAGAAAGCCUGAAAGAGAUCCAGAGGGCUCGUUCCAUUUACGAGCGAGCGCUGGACGUCGAUCACCGCAACAUCACUCUGUGGCUGAAGUAUGCCGAGAUGGAGAUGAAGAGCCGCCAGGUGAACCACGCCCGCAACAUCUGGGACAGAGCCAUCACCAUCCUCCCUCGAGUUAACCAGUUCUGGUACAAGUACACCUACAUGGAGGAGAUGCUGGGGAACGUUGCUGGCUGCCGGCAGGUGUUUGAGCGUUGGAUGGAGUGGGAGCCUGACGAACAGGCCUGGCAUUCCUACAUCAAUUUUGAGCUGCGCUACAAGGAGGUGGACAAAGCUCGCACCAUUUAUGAGCGAUUCGUCAUCGUUCACCCCGAAGUGAAGAACUGGAUCAAGUACGCUCGUUUUGAAGAAAAGCAUGGCUACAUUGCUCACAGCAGAAAGGUGUACGAGAGGGCGGUGGAGUUCUUUGGAGAAGAACAUGUGGAUGAAAACCUCUUUGUGGCCUUCGCCAAGUUUGAGGAGAUACAGAAAGAGUUUGAACGUGUUAGGGUGAUAUACAAGUACGCUUUGGACAGAAUCCCUAAACACGAGGCACAGGAGCUCUUCAAAAACUACACAAUGUUCGAGAAGAAGUUUGGAGACCGGAGGGGAAUCGAGGACGUCAUCGUCAGCAAACGAAGGUUCCAGUACGAGGAGGAAGUGAAGGCGAACCCACACAACUACGACGCUUGGUUUGAUUAUCUGCGCCUGGUGGAGAGCGACGCCGACCCCGACACGGUGAGGGAGGUUUAUGAGAGAGCCAUCGCCAACAUCCCCCCCAUCCAGGAGAAGAGACACUGGAGACGAUACAUCUACCUCUGGAUCAAUUACGCUCUAUACGAAGAGCUGGAGGUCAAGGAUCCUGAGAGAACAAGGCAGGUGUACCAAGCCUGUCUGGAACUCACCCCUCAUAAAAAGUUCACAUUCGCUAAGAUUUGGCUGCUCUAUGCUCAGUUCGAGAUCCGACAGAAGAACCUGCAGGGAGCCAGAAAGGUCAUGGGCACGGCGAUUGGUAAAUGCCCGAAGAACAAACUGCUGAAGGGCUACAUCGAGCUGGAGUUGCAGCUGCGUGAGUUUGAUCGCUGCAGGAAGCUGUACGAGAAAUACCUGGAGUUCAGUCCGGAAAACUGCACCACCUGGAUCAAGUUUGCGGAGCUGGAGACCAUCCUGGGAGACGUCGAGAGGGCCCGAGCCAUCUUUGAGCUCGCCAUCGGACAACCACGUCUGGACAUGCCAGAGGUUCUGUGGAAGUCCUACAUCGACUUUGAGAUUGAGCAGGAAGACUUUGGAAACACAAGGAACCUUUACAAACGGUUGCUGCAGCGCACCCAGCACGUCAAGGUUUGGAUCAGCUACGCCAAGUUCGAGCUGUCGAUCGACGGCCCCGACAGGCUGCAGAAGUGCCGGCAGAUCUACGAGGAGGCCAACAAGGGCAUGAGGAGCUGCGAGGAGAAGGAGGAGCGGCUGAUGCUGCUCGAGUCCUGGAGGGACUUUGAGAAGGAGUUCGGCUCCGACGGCACCAGGGAGAGAGUCAGGAAGCUGCUGCCAGAGAAGGUGAAGAAGAGGAGGAAGCUGACGGCCGAGGACGGGUCGGACGCAGGUUGGGAGGAGUACUACGACUACAUCUUCCCAGAGGACGCCGCCAACCAACCCAACCUCAAGCUGCUGGCCAUGGCCAAGAUGUGGAAGAGGCAGCAGGUAACGGACGAGGGGGAGAAGGUUCCAGAAACGGGUCCAACGGCUGAAGAGGCGACAUUGCCGUCCUCUUACGAACCUGCAGCUCCUUCUGAAAACCAGCCGGAGAAUGACUCCGACAGAAACGGUGUGACUGAGAAGGAACAGGAGAACAAGUACGACGACCGAGACGACGACGACGACGACAAAAGCAGUAGCAGCAGCAGCAGCAGCAGCAGCAGCAGCAGCGAGAGCAACAGUGAGGAUGGUGAUGGAGAGAAAAAGGAGAAAGAGAGCAGGAGCAGUGGAGAAGAUAAAAAUUAGUUUCCUCACUCAGGGACAAAAGGGGAAGGAACGUCCUGGAUUAAUUUUUCUAUUUUGUAUUUUAUCAAAAACAACAAAACCAGCUCAUGAGCACGCUUUAUUGUAUGACCAUGUUUUGUUUGGAA